UUUCACUGAGUAAAGUUGUGGUUCGUUUCAGCUCCUGGAUAUUGUCAGCUUUAGUAGUGUUGAUUGACUUUCCUCAGUGGAGAUGCUACAGCUGAAGGCAUCCGAACACGGAGUAUAUCAAGGAUUAAAAGUGAAAAUUUAUUUAUUACCUCAUUGUAUGCAAUUCAUAAUUUGAUUGACACUAAAGUGUACUUACGAGGCCAAAUCGGUGUCGUUAGAGAAUUACACAAUCUUCAUAGUGAUUUAUAGUGAACCUGAAUACUGGAAGACAACCGAAUAGUACAACAAUGUAUGAAAUGUUUUAUGUGUUGAAAAAUUGAUUUCAAACUGAAUUUGUUGUUAAGUGACAUAUAGUGGAAAACUAGUGAGCACAGAACAGAAGCUCGAAAAUGGUGUCCUACUAUAAUCAUUUCACGAUGUACCCGAAAAACCAUGGCAGUAAUCUGUCCUACUCGGCAACCUCGGGCUGGUACCCGGGGAACUACCAGCACCAACCGCCACAUCCGCAGUUUAUCGGUGAUGGGGAAUCUUCGCCCCAGGCAAUGUUUUAUACACAUCCGCAUGCCUUUCAUCAGCCUAGUCCGGAUUGGAGUGGCCACGAAAGUUUCUCAACGCCACCUCAGACCUCAUUGCUUCCCCACGGACCUAGUCCCGGGGGAUUGCACCUGGGCCAGAGUGCAGCAGGCGGUAGCAGCAGUAAUAACAACGCAAACGAUCACAUCGGAGAUGGCCCACACUGUAUGCCGUCGCCACCGAUCACCGUAUCCGGUAGUGACAUGUCCAGCCCGGGAGCACCGAACGGGUCGUCUUCACCGCAGAUCACCUCCCGGCCAACGCCGGUCAAGAGUCCCUAUGAGUGGAUGAAGAAGCAGUCAUACCAGACGCAACCCAAUCCAGGCAAAACUCGCACCAAGGACAAAUACCGGGUCGUUUAUACGGACAACCAGCGGUUCGAGUUGGAGAAGGAAUUCCACUACACCCGAUACAUCACCAUACGGCGAAAAUCUGAACUGGCACAAAAGCUACAGCUAUCCGAGCGGCAGGUGAAAAUCUGGUUCCAAAACCGCCGCGCCAAGGACCGCAAGCAGAAGAAGAAGUCCGAAAAUGGUCCAAUCAACAUGAACGGCCAAUCGCUGAUGGCAGCUCACUCCCAGCAUCACAACGCAUCCCAGGCCAUGUCUAGCUUGCUGGUGGACACAAAGCCGAAACUCGAACCGUCACUGCAUCUGUCCCAUUUGCACCAAAUGAGUGCGAUGAGCAUGGGGAUGGGCUCGAUGGGGCUGCAUCAUGCUCACCACCCGUUACAUCCACACCUUGGAGUACCGACGUCGCAGCACCUCAAUCAGGGUCACGGUUCGCAAGGGCCGCCGGCUUCACUGAAUGUGAUGUGAUGUGGUUCGUUCGAAGCACCCGAUUUAAAUCUAUGCGAGUAAAAUCAUAAAUUACGAGCGUUUAGCCAGCUUAAAAGUUUAUUAGUAGUGAAAGGAAAACUUAUUCGAGAUAUCGUAGCGGACCCAUGGAGGUAGAAAAAAAUUGGUUGCAUCGAGUAGAUAUCUAUGUAUGAAAGUUUUAGCAUGCUGGAAGCGAAAAUGCCUUAUUAGAGUCGGAACAAGUCAACCAUUUUGUUGCUUCCCGAUGCCGCAACUACGUUGCUAACCAAAUUCCGGUCACGCCGUAAAACGAAACAAAAACAACAGUAUCUAUCCAUCCAUUCCCGUAUAAUUAUCCCGUUGCCGAGGUUUGCCUGUGUUAUGAAUAAUUUAUGAACCAAUAAAUCCCCUCCCUGAUUAUAUUUCGGUACCAUGCCGACUGUAGCCCCAUUUUCCAUGGACUGUUUUCAAUGUCCUUUCGGAUGAAGAGAAACUGGAAAUUUUACAUUAUUUUUAUUUCUCAAUUCAACUAGAUGGAACUGUGUCCAUUUCGACCAACUGGCUACUUUCCAACGAAACUUAGUUUUGAAGCUAUGUAGGCGCCCCCGACUUGCCAUGUGGGCAUUGGCUUGGCUAUAGCAUCAAAAAUACCCGAAUCGAAUCCAUUGUUUCCACGUACCAAUUUUCGAAAAGACGUGUCUACAGCCGUUACAUUUUGGAAACAGCAUAGCUAUUAAAUCAACAAAGUGCAAUGUAAAAAAAUGAUAUACUUUUAAUAACAUUAAUUUUAGUCUGUAAGAAUUGUUAGUUUUCAAAAUGCAACGAGUUUAAGCUGAGAACAUGCCUAUAUACGAUAUCGUGAUGACUCUUGACAAAAUUUAUAUAACGAAAACAUCGAAACGGUAAAUAUUUAUUCUUAUCGUCAUCAUCCGUCAGUUCAGCUUGCGUACGCUGACAACAAUGUGACAGAUAACAUCUGUAGGAAACGUGACGUUCAGCUUUGUCGUAGAAAAACGAAAGCGAUUGAUUCUGGAAUUGGUUUAUAUUCUAGCCUUCAACUGUGCUAAUUGAUUGAUUUGAUUGCCGGCUGAGUAUUAAUAAUCUUUACACUUUAAUCAAAUUGAACAGAAACAGAACACAUAAAAAUUGUAUUAAAGACUUCAAAUUUCAAAUAAAGACAUUGGCGAAUCAUUGCAACUAUUGUCGCUAUAUUUUUUGUAAAUAUUAUUCAUGAUUCGUGUCACUGUAGCUAAUAUUAUUCUUUGACGAUAAUUGUUGUUGAACUUUUGUCAUCUGAGACCGCCAUUUAUACAGGAGAGGUGCUAAUUGUUUCACACGGACACCUCUCAGACCCAGGCUCAAAUUUGAGAGACUGGACGAACUUAAAUCAGAGAUUAAUUUGCGGCCUUCGUUUGGCAUUCUUUCGUUGCGGUUUAGUAGUAGCAGUAGUGUUUGGUAGUAGUUGUAGUAUUAAAGUUAGUGUUAGAAGUAAUAAUAUAAGUGCGACGGGUUUUCCCAGGAUAAUCACGCACCGGCUGAAAGUCCAAUAGUUGCAAAAAGUGCUGAAUCGAGAUUACGCUACAAUUAGAUUGUUUUUUUUUUCGUCUUCAUACUGCUUUUUGGUUGUUUUUGUUUACCCUACUCAGCUUUGAGUUACAUUCUCCGAAGUAUGCUCUAUGUGAAUCCAAUUGACUACUUAAUAAUGAAGGUUUUGUGAGAAAAUUGUUAUCGUAGGUAAUCCAUUUAGUUUUUGUAAGUGAAACGAAAAUAAAGAAAAAUCAUUAUCUCAUA